UAGACAACAACCACAACUACACAGAACAUCAUAAUCUGCCAUAAAAUUGCUUGCGCUGGUAUUAUUUAACAAUAAAAUAAAAUUAUUUAAGACUGUUCGAGUAAAAAAUAGGUUAAAUUAACAGUACUAGGUCAUUACAAAAUAUUCUCAUCUGUCUCAUUACACCAAAGUCGUGUUUACAGUGUCAAUUAGGAAUGUAAAUCAUUUCCAUUAAAAGGCAACGAUACGAGAAAUAAAAAUGUAUUCUGGCGGCGAUGACAUUUCCGGACGCUACACACCCAAUGACAUGAUUGAAACAGCCCGUGUCGCUGUCCGAGAUCUCGUACCUCAAUCGUCGAGAGAUCGAUACGAAAAGAUGUACAAUUCGUUUAAGGCUUGGCAGGCAGUGAAUAAAUCAACAAACAUUUCGCAGACUGUUCUAUUGGCAUUCUUUCACGAAAUGGCACAGAAGCACAAACCGUCAACCUUAUGGGCGUACUAUUCAAUGUUAAAGACUACGAUAAGAGCAAAUGACAGUCUCGAUAUCGGUCAAUAUGUGCAGCUAUCGGCCUUCCUCAAAUCAAAGGCCACUGGAUAUUUGCCGGUCAAGGCUGGUGUGUUUAGCCUAGCAGACAUUCACAAAUUCAUUGAUGAUGCGCCGGAUGAGCUAUGGUUGGAUGUGAAGGUCGUCUGUAUUUUUGCCGUCUCCGGAGCGUGCAGUUCACACGAAUUGCCAAGAAUUCACUUAAAUGACGUUGAAAAUCAUGGCGACAUGCUACUAGUGAAAAUUUUGAAAUCCAAAACUAAACUCGACCGGUCAUUCACCAUCACCGGGGAAUUUCGCACUGUAGUGCAAAAAUACGCCGCUUUACGACGACCCGGCAUGGAAGAGCAGCGUUUCUUCAUAAAUUACCAGCGUGGUAAAUGUACGAAUCAAGUUAUUGGCAAAAAUAAAUUCGCUUCAAUGCCUCGCCGAAUCGCACAAUACUUAAACUUACCGGAACCGGAGAGUUUCACCGGUCAUUCAUUUCGUAAAACGUCCCAUACCUUUCAAAAAACAUCAUCCACCAUAUUAACCAAUGGAUUCAUUGACGGAACUGAAUCAACACGAUCGAAAGCGGCCCAACACAGCCUAAUGGGUAACUCAAUAACUCCACUCGGUUAUCCUGUCACAGCUCAAAAUUCCAAUGCCAAUGCCACAUUGAAUGGAUCGAAUGCGGUUCCACUAGCAGCCACCAGUUACUCCAGAGGGCCCAGAAGAAAAUUCGGCGAAAUAUACUGCGAUGACAUGGGCGAGUUAACAUAUCGGUGUACGGUGUGCAAUGCAGAAAUGGAUCACAGCGAUGAGUUCAGCCUUCAUUAUAUGUCACACUUUAGGGACGUGUUUCAAGGCAAAGUGGAACCGCAGCACAGACCAAACAUAUCACAAGUAGAAUAUAUAAUCUCUGAACCCAUUUCUGUAAUCAAAUUGGAAGAACCAGAAACGAUAAUAAAAUCGGAACCGCUGUAUUUCGAAGAGGAUGGAUAAAUUGAAUAAAAUUCGGUUGCACCGAUGAACUUUAUUG